UCUCUCUCUCAACAGAUAAAUAGGUUGGAUGAAAACGGACAAGGGGAAAGCGAGGCGAGGAGGGGAAAAAAAAAAGAGAAAUCCAGAGAAAUCCAGUCGGUUUCCGGCUGUGGCCAUUUUUUCUUUAAUCAUAAUUUGAUUUGUGGACUGAAGCCUGAGCGAGACCGAAUAGGAGGGAAAAAAGAGAAGCAGCCGUCCCCUUCCACCCCCACCCCAUGUUUGCCUGAGCUGUAGGGAGAGACUUCACACACACACACACACACACACACACACACACGGCUAGGCCGCAAGUCAUUAGUUCUUGGUGGGCAAGCACUGACAAAAGGCUGCGGGAGAGGAGCCCGCAUGAGUGGCACUAUGGAGGGCUGAGCAGACGGAUACUCUGCUGCUUCCGUUUUAUUUUUCAUUUUUUUGUUGUUGAUGUUGUUGUUGUUGUUUCGGGAAGGAAGCAACGCGCACAGGAUCUCGUCACAACCGAGCACUCGUGCUACAAGCAGCGAGGGAAGCGAGAGCGGGAGAUCGCUUCCUUGUCUCGAGGUCCACGUCGUCCACUCGCCGCCGCAGCAAGAGGAAGAAGAAGCCGAGACCACACAAAAGUGAUGUUGUUGUUGUUGUUGUUGCCUGGACGUCAGCGUGUUUUCGCGUGAUGCGGGACGUCUUCUUUGUGGGUCACGAUGCCGCUGCCGGCGGCGGGAUCACAGCAGAAUAGCGGAGCCGCGUCUGCGCUGGAUGGAGGGAAGAUCUAGGGAGCGAGGAAAGGACUCGCGUGUCGGGGCGGCGGAGGAAGCCGGAGACGCGCGUUGACGACGAGGUUCCGCGCCCGCUGCUCGAGGUCCCCCCGCCCGCAGAAGGCCGACCCCGCUGACGGGAAUCUCCGUCUCCGGGAAACCGACGAAACCCGCCGGGGCGAGAGGGGAGAAAAGCGGGGGAUCGGAAUCCGAAAAGGCGUACGAACACUAAAAGUUGGCCACGCCGACUGCUUCCAGGUCAUAGUGGAGUGGGAGGAGACUGGAUGGCUGUGGCUUCUGAAACGCGGAGGAUUGUCUUCUUCUCCCCCCGUUGAAACCCGCUGGUCACUUCCUCUGUUUUUGACAUGCGUUUACUCAUUUACUGAUUCCCGCCAGACGAGGGCGAAAACACCCACCGUGGACUCCGUCUCUCUCUCUCCGAUAUUUAUGUCACCGUGACAGCCGCCGGACAUCUUUUCGGCCGCGUGUCCCCCCCCUCCCCUUUCCCUCCCCCUGCCCGAUUUCUUCCGCCGCGGUUCGGUGACCGAGCGAUGGCCAUGGUGAGCGGGGGCUGGGGAGAUCCCAACGGGGGCACCAACGGCUUGGGGGACAAGAGCUACCUGAAGGGGGAGGAGGACGACGGCUCUCCGCAGGCGGCGGGGAGCGACAUGGAGGCCGGGGACGACGACAAGUCGUGCGUGGUGGACUGCGUGGUGUGCGGGGACAAGUCCAGCGGGAAGCACUACGGCGUGUUCACGUGCGAGGGCUGCAAGAGCUUCUUCAAGAGGAGCGUGCGACGCAACCUGAGCUACACCUGCAGGUCAAACCGAGAGUGUCAGAUUGACCAGCACCACAGGAACCAGUGCCAGUACUGUCGACUGAAGAAGUGCUUCCGUGUUGGAAUGCGCAAAGAAGCAGUUCAACGCGGUCGCAUCCCACCUCAGCCGAGCCUCAGCCCCUCCAUCACGGCCUUAGGUGGCGCCAGCGGCCUCGGAGGCGGCGACUUCUACAACAACAACACCAACAACGGAGGAAGCGGAGGCGGCCAGCCGGUGUCGGAGCUCAUUUCCCAGCUGCUGCGGGCCGAGCCGUAUCCGAGCAGUCGGUUUGGGCACCAGUACAACCAGCAAGCCGGUCCGGAUAACGCCAUGGGGAUCGACAACAUCUGCGAGCUGGCCGCCAGGCUGCUCUUCAGCACCGUGGAGUGGGCCAGAAGCAUCCCUUAUUUCCCCGAGCUGCCCGUGUCAGACCAGGUGGCGCUGCUGCGGCUGAGCUGGAGCGAGCUGUUCAUCCUCAACGCGGCCCAAUCGGCCCUGCCGCUGCACAUGGCUCCCCUGUUGGCUGCGGCCGGCUUUCACUCCUCGCCCAUGUCUGCGGAGCGCGUGGUGUCCUUCAUGGACCAGGUGAGGGUGUUCCAGGACCAGGUGGACAAGCUGACCCGGCUGCAGGUGGACUCGGCGGAGUACAGCUGCCUCAAGGCCAUCGCUCUUUUUUCACCAGACGCCUGUGGCCUAACGGACCCCGUCCACGUGGAGUCUCUGCAGGAGAAGGCUCAGGUGGCUCUGACGGAGUACGAGAGGAUGCAGUAUCCCAGUCAGCCUCAGCGAUUCGGACGCCUGCUGCUGCGCCUCCCGGCCCUGCGCGCCGUCCCCGCCAGCCUCAUCUCGCAGCUCUUCUUCAUGCGCCUGGUCGGAAAGACUCCCAUCGAGACGCUGAUCCGCGACAUGCAGCUCUCCGGAAGCUCCAUCAGCUGGCCCUACGUCCCGGGACAGUAGCCGCCUCUACGGACGAGGUCUCCGUCUGGGACGCGUGACGACAAGGACCCGCGGGGAACCUCCUGACUCAUCACUGUCCAUCUGUGUGGUUGACAAAUUGCGGCGCCAGCUGGCCGUCACGUGUACUUUAACCGCUCUACUCCCCAAACCCCCCUCCCCCCCUCACGGAACAAGCCCUCUUGUCUCCACGCGGGCCUCCAGUGACGGGAGGAGCCGGUGCCAGGCAGGAUGCGUCUUGCUGCCAGCCCAGCCGAUCUGUUGCCAGGUUUCCGGCCAGAGAACAGCUUUUCAUGCUGGGCUGCGACGUGGCCGCCGCGGCCGGUCACGUCACCACCCACAUGCCGUAGUGACUAAAGACGCUGCAGUGUCAUGUGGAGGGAAGCGGCACCCUGCGACAAAAACAUCUAGAGGACAAAACUGUCCUGCCGCUGAAAGUCAGCAGAACCGUUCCCCCCCCCCCCACUCCCACACAGCGGGCUCCCACUAUCUGUGAGCCAGUGACCUUUUUAAUCCAGAAAACAGAUGGAACAUGACAGUACGGUAGCAUGAUUUAGAAUGGAUGUAAUUGAACAGUGAUCAAGUGAAUAAUAAGAAAAAGUGGAGGCUUCACUCAGCUCUGCUCGGCACCGAGGACCCAAACAAAUGGGACGAAAACGGAACCAAGGAAAAAUCACCAAAGUAUAUCCUAUCAUCCUCAGAGGUGUUUUUUUCUAAAUAAAAUAAUUAGCAGAGAGAGUAAGCGAUGAACGGCCUCUUGAAACUGCCUGACCAUCAAAUGAACGAUGCAUUUAACUUCAUUCCCAGGGCUCGCUGUCGUUACAUGAGAGUGGAGUAAUACCUCAGCAGACAUCAGAACGCUUCAGUCUGAUAUUUCCUAAACACAAACCUCUGUAAAUGUUGUUCACCGGAACCCGCCUUCUUUUUGACAACUGCCUUGUUAUUCAUUAUAAAUUUGGAAGACACAUAAAAUAUCAAAUGGGCAUCACAAACAUCCGUCUUGUAUCAUUAAAAAAAAAAAUCAUCCCCCAAGUGAUUUUCAUUUGUGUUUUUCAGUUUUAACUCGCUGAAUAAGAUGAAUUCCGUGUGUUUGGAUCAAUUCUUUAUUUGUAUUAUUAUUAUUAUUGUUAAACGGCAGGCUGAACUCAAGAUGCAAGAAUUAUUUAGUUGGUGGGGAGAGUUUAUAACCAACACUACAACCUACAGUGACCAUUGCUGUUUAUGAGGGUAAAGACCCCGUGGAAAAAAAAUAUUAAAAUGUGUAUAUAUUGAAGCCGACUUUUGUCUUUUUGCAUGUUCAAAUGUUUGUUUCUGCAAAGUGGGGACUGUUUCAUUCCUUUACAUUAUGUAAAUCAAGUUUCAUUUAAACAUUGAAGUAUUGCUUUCACUGUUAUCUCCUAAAUGUUUGUUUUUUUUCUAUACGUAUUUACAUGAAAAUACCUCUUGUCAUCCGUUGAGAUGUCGAAAAGGAAGCUUCUCUUAAUGCCGUGUCCGCUGGUGCGACGGAGAGUGAACCUCUGCUGUUGUGAAGGAUGUGAGACAACACUGUAAUGGAUGAAAAUCUGGUGGAACUUCAAUGCCAAAACAUCACAUUAGCUGUGACCAGUUAGAAGGACUUGGGUCCAACAGAAUUUACCUCAAAAAGGUAUUUCAAGAGGCGAGUUUACAAAAUCACAAGUAAAAUAUUUGAUAAAACCGAAAUCAACUCCAAAUACGACAUAUUCCAGCAUUUAGUUUUAAACAAAAAGUGGAAAGUUGUAACUCUGCUUAAUGAUCUGCCGCCUUUUGAAACUCACAACUUUAUCGAGAAAAAAAAGAUAAAUAUGCUAUUAAUGUUUUCUUAUCUUUGUGUUACUGAGUUCUUAUGUUUUUGAAAUUUCAUGUGUAUGGCAACGUUAUUAAAAGAUUCAAAAGAUGACGAUGUGUCUUUUAGGUUUUUGUUUUUUCCAACUGUGUUGUAAUUAAAUCUGUAUGAAGAAUGCCAAAUAAACACUGCGACAUGUA